AUGACUUCUCCAGUUGGUCCCUGGAGGACAGAUGCUCAGGGUCACCUAAAGUCGGAUGACAAUGGCGACCCAAAGACCGACUACACUCGCUGGCGGUUGGUCAACGAAGAAGGCCGCCAGACUUGGCGGUAUCUUGAAUCCGACACAGAGAACUCUGCCUGGCUGCAGACAGUCGCUGAAAAGUACCACAUGGGACUUCCAACAGGUCUCCCUAUUUUGCCAGAGGCCAAGACACCUCUCCAGUCAGCUGAGAAUGGCCUGUCUUUCUUCUCAAAGCUCCAGCUAGAGCCUGGAAAUUGGGCUUGUGAGUAUGGAGGUCCUAUGUUCCUUCUGCCAGGUAUUUUGAUCACCUAUUAUGUGACCAACACUCCCAUCCCCCCGGAGUAUGCUACAGAGAUCAAGCGUUAUCUGUUUGCCCGCCAAAAUCCUGAGGAUGGUGGCUGGGGCUUGCACAUCGAAGCCCACAGCUCUUGCUUUGGCACUUCUAUGAACUAUGUCGCUCUGCGCCUGGUCGGUGCCCACGAGGAUGAUCCCCGCAUGAUCAAAGCACGUGGCCUGCUGCACAAAUUUGGUGGUGCUACCUACGGACCUCACUGGGCUAAAUUCUGGCUGAGUGUACUGGGUGUGAUGGAUUGGGAGGGUGUGAAUCCCGUUCCUCCUGAGAUUUGGCUCCUUCCCGACUGGGUUCCUUUUGCCCCCUGGCGCUGGUGGAUUCACAUGCGCCAGGUCUUCUUGCCUAUGUCUUACAUCUGGUCUAAGAAGUGGUCUUUCCCGCUCAAUGACUUUACCAAGCAGCUCCGACAGGAACUUUACCCUCAGCCAUACGAGUCUAUUAACUUUGCCCAACACCGCAAUUCUAUCCAUCCUGCUGAUAAUUACUACCCGAAGACUUGGCUCUUGAACGGUAUCAAUGAGCUUCUGGUCCGGGUGUGGAACCCAUUCCUUAGAGUCAAGGCUAUCACCAAAAGGGCCGAAGACUGGACCUGGGAACUGAUCCGUAUGGAAGACGAGAACACCGACUACGCAGGUUUGGGACCUGUCAAUAACCCUAUGAAUAUGGUUGCCUGCUAUAUCCAUGAUGGCCCUGAUAGCUAUUCCGUGCGUCGACACCGGGAGCGACUCAACGACUAUAUGUGGCUGAAGGGUGAGGGCAUGUUGGCAAAUGGUACCAACGGUGUCCAGGUGUGGGAUACAACAUUCGUUACUCAGGCGGUCGUGGUCGCUGGACUUGCCGAUGACCCCAAGUGGCGACCCAUGCUAACGAAGGCUCUCGAGUUCAUCGAAGAUCACCAGCUGAGAGAGAACGUGCCUGAUCAAGAGAAGUGCUACCGGCAACAUCGUAAAGGUGCUUGGCCUUUCAGUACCAAGACACAGGGAUACACUGUCAGUGAUUGCACCGCUGAGGGUCUUCGAUCGACUAUCCAGCUCCAGGAAAUGUAUGACUUCCCUAAGCUUAUUUCUUUGGACCGCCUGAAGGAUAGCGUCGACUGUCUGUUGUUGAUGCAGAACCCCACUGGUGGCUUCACUGAAUAUGAGACUACCCGUGCAUCUGCUAAGGUGGAGUGGCUAAACGCUGCCGAGGUUUUCGGUGGGAUCAUGAUUGGCUACGACUACCCAGAGUGCACUACAGCGUCAGUGACAGCGUUAUCCCUGUUCAGCAAGUUCUACCCAGACUACCGCGCGGCCGAGAUUAAGGCUGCCAAGGACAAGGCUGUUACCUACAUCAAGCGUGUCCAGCGGACCGAUGGAAGCUGGUACGGAUCUUGGGGAAUCUGUUUCACCUACGCCGCGAUGUUCGCCCUCGAGAGUCUGGCCAGCAUCGGCGAGACAUUCGAGACCAGCGAGAACUCUCGCCGCGGUUGCGAGUUCCUGCUGUCCAAGCAGAAGGAGGACGGUGGCUGGGGUGAAUCCUAUCUCAGCAGUGAGAAGCAUGUCUACGUUCAACAUGAGAAGUCACAAGUGUGUCAGACCGCAUGGGCUUGUCUGGCGCUGCUGGAAGCCCAGUAUCCCCACAAGGAGCCCCUUGAGAAGGCUAUGAAGCUGCUGAUGUCCCGGCAACAAGCCAAUGGCGAGUGGCUACAGGAGUCUAUUGAAGGUGUCUUCAACCAGUCAUGCAUGAUCUCCUACCCUAACUACAAGUUCUACUGGCCAAUUCGUGCUCUUGGCCUGUAUGCCAAGAAAUUCGGCAACGAGCCGCUGCAGUAA